UUGCUCGGAAAGCCCCACCCACUGUCCCCUGUCCCCGUCAAUUAAAUACCUGACGGUGAAGGUGUGACCUAAAUGUCAGAUUUAGCGUCCGUUGUAUGUUUUAUUUGCCAGUAAAGUGGUUUCACUUUAAGUUAUUUCUUUCCAGCAGCUGCGUGAAGUCCAACAGUGUGGUAGUAGUUACUGCCAGUACAAUGCUCAGCAGAAAAGAAACACAAAAGUAAUCAGAAAUCAGAAAAGCACGAUUUGUGUUUCUCCUGCGUCAGUCUAAGCUGCUGCUGCUGCGCAUCAACACGUCCACGUACAAACGAUUGGUGAUGAUGGUGAAGGUGGUGCAGUGAAGCGUCGGCUAGCUGUCCCACUCCACAGGAUGUCUACCACUGUGAACCUGCGGCAGCCUUCGUCUUCUUCUGUCGACAUUUCACUGCUCAGGAUGAUCGUCCUUCUUCUCCUUCUCAUCCCACUGUUGCCGUUGCCCAACUUGGUGAUGACCACAUCAUUGUUAAACGUGGCUCGUCAGGGGGACAGAGUCUCAGCCAACAAAGUUUGCCACCGCCUAGAGACACCAGACGGAGGCGUGACGGUCCACUGCAGCGGCCAGAGGCUGACCCAGGUACCCAUUGGGCUCUCUAAUCUCACCAUUCGUCUGCAUCUGGAUAAAAACCUGCUUAGCUAUCUGCCAGCUGACUCCUUCUCUGACCUCUUCCUGCUGUCUGAGCUUGACCUGUCACACAACCAGAUCUCCUUUCUGGAAGCUGGAUGUUUCCGUGGUUUGGCUUCUUCUCUUCACUUCUUGGACCUUUCUUCCAAUCGACUUUCUAUGUUGGACCCAGCUGCACUUGGUGACCUGGGAGCUCUCGCCAACCUCACACACAACCCCUGGCACUGCGACUGCAAGAUGCAGCUGUCGCUGCCUCUUUUGGACCUGGACCCAGAGUCUCUGGCUCAUGUCAUCUGUCAAAGCUCUGACAUCCCAAACCUCGGAACCAUUGGGAUAUCGGUGGUCAUACUGGUGGAGGACUGGGACCUGUGCCUGUCUGUGAGGAGAACCAUCGAUGUGGUUAUGCUGGUCACUAUGUUCCUCUGGUUCUUCAUGCUCUUCUCCUACCUGUUCUACUACAUCCACCAGAAUCAGGAGCAUGCUCGCCGCCACAUGGAGUACCUCAAGUCCCUGCAGAGCCGCCAGGUGUAGACAAGUCCCAUAUGUUAAUACUGGGACGAACUGUAUCAGGAGCCAGGCCAUUUGGUGCCCUUGAAGAUACUCAAGAACAUCUGGAUCAACUUUCAAGCACCAUAAAGAUGUCUUCACGGGCAUUUAUAAAUGGAUUUCCUGGUUGAAGGAUCCCCUGAGCCACACAAAAACAUUGGAGCUGCUAAAAAAGCAUGUCUCUAUCUGUGACCUGUGGAACUUCUUCCACAUUGGCAGAGGUCCUUGGAUUUCUAUAAGGACUUUCCCAAAGGCUCUCUCUGAUUUUCCACACUAAAUGUGGAAACGUAUCUAUCCGAGGAUCUUGACUGGCAACAAACAAUGGGAAACAGAAGUGUUCAGUAACCAAGGAUUCCCUGACCAUCCUGAGUUACUAAGGCACCUUUCCACUCACAGAUUUGCUUUAAUAACUUCUACUUGAAUUAUAACACACACUGACGUCUGGACCAUCUCCAAGACCUCUGGAACUACAUGGAACUACAGGAAUCCCUCAAGGCAGAUCAUUGACUCAUCACAGUUAGUUCUUCUCGUUUGUGUUGUGUGUUGCUGUUUACAUAAUUAAAGCUGAGCUGUUACAAUGGUAACUGCCUCCCAGCAUCA